AUCAAAACAUUGCUUUGCCAACAUUGGCUCAACCAUUUGGCUUGAAUUUAGGACAUGAAAACCCAUUUGUCCGAAUAAUGGCAGAUGGGGGGAAUGUACAGGAAACCUGUUUGGAAACAUUAUUUUGUGAUGCUGGCGGCACUUAAAUUACACCCUUCACCUUUAAAACCAUCUUCCUUCUUGUUAUGGUGAAUGUGAGUGGCAGGCAGAUGGCGACCGGGUCAGGACCGGUGAGAUGGAAAAGACCUGCAGCUCAUUGUGUUUUCAGACCGGUGGCUUCUCUGGGUAUGUUUUGUUUAUAGAGUCGAAUCAUCAGCAUAAGAGAGGAAGGAUUACAGACAAACAGCACUCAAGCGUGACAGGAUAAGGAGAAGGAAGAUGCUGCGAUGCUUUUAUUAACUGGCUGGAGAGCGAGAGACAGGAUUCAUUCUCAGGUUAUUGUAUCACUUGUCCUUUCUAUAUCGUGUUCAUAGACUGUCUUUUAGAAGGAGACAAAGAGAGGGAGCGAGAGAGACUAUCGUGUCAGGGACGGGGCCAAAGAGAAGGCAAGAGAUAAUGAGGUGGCUGAGGUGGGGCUAAAGUUUGGGGUGUGGUUGGGUAUAAAGUCCAGUACUGAAUAGUCUCAUCUUGAUGCCCUCUGGUCUCAUUCCCUUCUUCCCUCCAUCUCUUCUCCUUUCUCCAUCCCUCGCUCUCUCGGAACCCCUCACAUACCGACCUGCGGGGAGAUCGGAGGGAGAUCAUGCUGUCUGUACUGGCACUGACGUCCGUGGUGCUCUUGGGCAUAGCCUCUCAGACCACGGCUAUUGUUGUGUACACAAGCUGGGAGAGACAUGCACUGGUGGGCACAGAUGUCAGACUCUCCUGCUCUUUCUUCUCUUGGAAAUGGACUUCUCCAGACGUAACUUUCUCAUGGCACUACCGUCCAGAUGGAGCAAAAGACAGCAUCGCUAUUUUCCACUACGCAGGCGGAGCACCCUAUGUGGAUAACAAAGGCCCGUUCCGGGACCGUCUGGAAUUUGUGGGGAACCCAAGUCGGCGCGAUGGUUCUAUCCUGAUCAAGAACGUCGACUUCGGAGACAACGGAACCUUCACCUGUGACGCCAAGAACCCACCUGACAUUGCUGGCAGCCCCUCUAACGUUCGACUGCUUGUGUUUGAGAAGGUUCCAGUCCAGGCUGGUGUGAUAACAGGGGCUAUUAUUGGCGUAGUGUUGGGACUGCUGAUCCUCAUUGUGGCAAUUUACUAUCUGAUGCGUUUCCUGGUCGCCAGACGAGUGUUCAGCUUGAGCAUGAGUAAACAUGGCAAGAAAGGCAAAGGAAAAGAAGGAUCACAGCAAAAACAGGCUUUGGCUGUGACGGAUCCGGCCAAGCUGAAGGCGGCAGCGUCAGAGAAGAAGAAACAGGAGUCUCGCAGGGAGAAGAAAUAGGGAUUGUGGAGCAGAGAGCUAGAGCUCCUGAGCGGGGCCGCCUCCACCCAGACCCAAGCCCAGGAAGAGGCAGCGGGGAUGGGCAGGCAGGACAGGGUUCUUAUGACCAUUGAGCUAGAGCUCACUAAACAGGAGAGAGAGGGAGGGCAAACUAAAUCGAGUCCCGCUGCGUUCUUUUCUCAACUCGCGCGCAAAUUCACUCUCAAGUGAGAGAGACGGGUAUGAAAAGAGGGGUGGUGGACAGUUUUGGAGGCAAGGAGAUAAAGAUGAAUCCUUAAAAACAGGAGGACAGGAGAGGGGUGAAGUUUGUCUCAUUUUAAUUCAAUUCCAAAUGAAAAAAAGUGUGGUUCCAAAAAAAAAAAAAAAAAAAGAGAGACUGUGUCCAAUCUAUGUGCGGCACCAUAAAUCUACAAACUACAAACACAAUAUCUAUGAAUUUACUUGCAGCUGUUAUAUUUUAUGAUCAUAAUACAUAAUCAUUAUAUAAUUUGAUAUCAUGUGGGUUGUUUGUGUUCUGUUCUUAUGUUAUGUUCAGCUAUGUUGCUUCGCCCACAUUAAAAUCUUAUUCAUUCAAAAGCUCUCCACAUUCAGUGAGGUUCAAAAUUCUGAAUAGCUUCUGUUUUGCAUUUUUCAAUUUCAGUACAUUUUUGAUGAAAACCUAUAUAAUCAGCUUAAAAAUUUGAAAGAUAAUUUGAUGAAAAAAUGAAUUUAAAAAAAAUCAGAAUCUGUUAGUUUGAUUUACUUUAAUAACAGCAGCAUUCAAGCUGCUUGAACUCCACAAGUUUGUGUAAAACCUGAUUUUAAAUUAUUCAAAUGUCAUCUUGAGCUUAAGUGGAAGGAAGAACAUCUUACUGUACUAAUGAGUUUACAUGCACAGUAUUUCUCAUUAAACUACAAAUAGUGCAGUCCUAAACCCUUCUGAGAUGUUUCCAGGUUUAAAUUAGGUCAAAUCCCAGGUUUUCAGUGUGGACUUUUGAACCCCACUCGAGUCGUAUAUUGUACAUCUGUUCUGUGAAAAUGUGCUCAGUUUUUGCUUUCAGGGAAAACAAGUUGUUGUGCUGCACCUGGUUAGGACACAGUCUUAAAAAAAAAAAAAAUCACACAUUCACAAGAAAACCCAGAGCUGAGAGCCAUCCAUUACGCACACACUGACAGUUUGUGAGAGCUGUAAUAGUGGCAGAAUGGUUUCCUCUUGUUAAGUGACAGACAACUCUCUCUCUCUCUUUCUCUCUCUAUACACACAUACAAUCCUAUACAAGAACACAAUCCAAGCUGCACACUUUUCACACUUUUGUACUUUUGUUAAAAAAAUGAUUUUGGAAACUUUAUAUUAACUGCCUUUUUUCUCAUUCCCUCCCUCUCUUUCUAUUUUUCUCUGUUUUACUGCCUGUCUCUCUGUUUUUGUCUGUCUUUGGUCUUCCUAUUCUCUAAUCUCUCUUCCUUAUAGCACUUCUGACACCUUUUUUUGUCUUUUUUCUACUUUUCCAUCUAUCCUUUCACCAUUCUUGUCAUCUGAUAUACUGGUGCUAUUACAUCACUUCCUGUAGGCCGGCCCCCUAAAGUAGCUUCCCUCCCCAUCCUUCUUUUACUGAGAGCUAAAUAUAGCACUAGUUUUUUUAGUCAUGGAAUCAAACACACACUUCCUCACUGUUAAAAUUUCAUUUCAGUCAAAUAAAAUUUGUUCACAUUUUGUCCAACACACACUAACACUCAUGGCGUCAUCUCAUGUAUCCCAUCAAGCAACUUUAAGUGCUAUCCCAAUAGGUUUUGACAGGAAUUCGAAUCUGACUUAGAGUUGUGGUGUGUUUUUGCUCUGACUGCAGUGACUGAAAUACCCAAAAUGACGUCGAUACUGUUGGCAGAGACACUCAAACACACGCUGUGAGAGUUACUUGAUACUCUAAGGCAAAUUCUCACGUCUGUCCGCAUAAGCUGUUGUUUGACAAACAGCUGAUUAUUUUAACACUCUCUUGUAACUGGAGAACUAUCUCUGUCUCCCUUCUGUCCAGUCAGGGCCGGCUCCUACGGUUGCACUUUUUCCCCGACCAUCUCCACACAUAUCAUUAGCAAAGGCCAUAUCGCUCCAACCCGAGUCAUAGAUUUACUUCACCUCUCUCUAAUCCUCCUCUAACUAUCAUGAAUGCUCAUCCACCACCACCUCUUCUCAUGCCCUGUUUCUGCUGGUAAGAAUACCCCAGUGCUCUCUCCUGCUCCCUGCUGCCCACAGGAGAAAACAUUUUCAUUCGGCCAUACUGUCGCAAAGAUAUCAAUGCAAAAAAAUUGAAGUUCUUUUAGCUAGCUCUCUGCUGACUACGAUAGAUGCGUGUUUUUCACGCUUUGCAUGUGUAUGUUUUAAGUCUGACGAUAUGUUUGUAACCUAUCAACGUGUUUGGGGAACAAAAUGACAUAAAAACAACAUUGUAGCAACAUUCGUCACGUCAUCGUUAGUAAUGACAAGCUGUGCAGCAGCACCCUGGGACUGUUUGUGUGUUGGAAGCAGAAAUGUAAUAGAGUUUAAUGAUGUUUAAUAAUAUUUCUGCACUUUCAUUUGACUGACAUGGCAGAAUUCAUGUGGUUGUUUCUUCGUGACAGUGUUUACCAUCAUGGUGUUGGCAUGUUAAGGCUAAGGGAAGUGAUGCAAUGAGGGUGGAAAGGUUUUUGGAAGUUUUUGAGAGAGAAAUAAAUUAUGAAAUACUGGGAUGAAGACUUGGACUGAACUCAUAUUCAGGUGAAAAGUCAAGCCAAAGUACAAUAAACAUCUCAGUCUCACAGGAUAUGUUUUUCUGUUCAGGUCUUCAUGUCUAUGCAUGUCAGCCCCAAACCAGACAGAGGCUCUCAUUGGGAAUGCUAGGAAAAGCUAUAGAAUUGCAAGGGCUUGUGGGGAAAUAUGUUUGUUAGCCUACAGACAGAUGCUUUUUAUGCAUCUCAGAGUAAAUGUCGAGCAGCCACAUGGUACCUGCCAUUAAACUGUGUUUAAAUAUCGGGGAAUUCCCAUGUUGUAUGUAUUGUGCACCUGUAUUGGUACAGGUCUAGGUAACCGUUCUUUCUUCAAACUCCAUUAAAAAGUCUAAUUAUUUUUUACUUUUAUUUUUGACUUUAAUGCAGCUAACUUUGGUUUUCUGUAAAAUGUCUUGUAAAAAGAAAAUCUCAAGUUUAAAUAAUUUCAGAAAAACGUCAAUAAAAAAAUCAGAUCC